AAUCAUGUCUUCCAUGAUAGAGUGCACCAUUUGGCACCCAUCCUGGAUAAGGAUAGCGUCCGGCGCUUUCUCCGCUUUAUCCGGGGAAAUGGGGCGGGCAUGCAAUGGGGUUCGAUCAUCACCCCAGAGGCUUUGAACCAUAUGAUUGCACAAAAUGCGGUAAAAUGUGUCAAAGCUGCCUUGGAGGGUCAGGCACCUGAGCUUGAUGGGUGCCGGGCCGGUCCCAACUGCAUGAACCAGUAUGGAUACUAUCCCCUCCACCGAGCUGCUGAAUUUUUUUCUGUUGACAUGAUUCAGUUGCUCAUCCGCCAUGGCGCGUCCGCCAAUCUACGCACAGCUGGUGCUGAGGUCAUCGAGGGCCUUCUCCCACUCCAUGUUGCAGUCGAGAACACGUGCAUGCACAAGUAUCUAGAAGACAGUCUAUUUCCUAACCACGAGCAUCGGGAUUACAGUGAGGCAGAUGCCCACUUUAUCUUCAAGCUCAUCCAUCUUUUGUGCCUACCUGAAAUGAAAAUCUUUUUGGAUUCCACUAGGCUGAUCGCAAAACACACAGAUAAUCUACUUGAUGAGCUUUGGAAUUACAUAAAAGAUGGAAAGCUUGCCGAGACAGCCAUUUUGCUACUGGCAGCCCAAGAGCAGAUCCGUGUGGGAACUUCCUGUAAGAAAAUUGGAAAUAGUAAGGCAGAUGGGUUUCAGGUUAUCUACGAAUGUAUUAUAAACAACAGUAUCAAAUUACAGUCUGAAAAGGGCCAAAACCUAAUGGAAAAGGAGGAAUUGGAGACGAAAAUAAAGCUUCAUCAUACAGCAAUGAUGCUUGUUCAUGUAAUUUCCAAAGCUGGUGAAGGUCUUGAAUCAUACAUUCGAAACCAUCUAGAGGCACCCCAUUUCAUGCAGGUGCCCUGUUUGGAGGUCCUUGAACGUGUUUCAUCGAUUCUCAAGGAUCAUGGUUUUUCUCCUGCUCCAGAGUGUGUAGACAUCAGAAACCUCUGCCCCUAUCAUGAUGUGUUGUCAAGUGAGGAAAUACCUAGAAAACCUGGGGAAAGUGUCGCAGACAGGGAAGCUCUAGAAAUGGAUUAUCUACGCACAGUAGUGAACAAGAUAUCCAAGCCGUGA